AUGUCACAGGAUGGUCCGGAAGAGGUCGUGGUCGUUGAGAAUCCCCAGCUGGAAGCGGAAAUCAAGAAGGCCUACGAUUCACUGUCUAGUUUUUUGAAAGAGGAGGCCGUAUUCCUCGGCGCUGCGGUGGAUAACGCCGCUCAGGCGAUCAAGGCUACCAUCAAAAACAUGGACUAUCAUAGUCAAGUGAGCAGUGAGCUAACCGCGAUGCUGCAACAAUUUUCGUUGCCACCAUUGACGUUUAAAAUUGCGGAGCAACGCGCCCGAUACAGGAACAUGAAGAGGUUGUGCCAAAAACUGGACAAAAUCGAAGACAUCUUCCGUUACAAGAACACGGUCAACUGUGCAACCUCGACCGGAGAUGUCACGCGAAGAUUAUUGAAGAUAUUCGGCCAAGUGGAAAUGAAACCGGACGAAAAGCAUGAGCUGGCCAACAACCUAUAUCUCAUCAACCAGCCAGAAGCGCUAAAGUAUCUGGACCAGAUGGAAAAGACGGUUGAACGAGAGCUUCGAUCGGCAAAUGCCUCGCGGGAUGGGUUGCCGCCUGGCAAACAGCUGUUCGCCGGCAUUCUCAAUCACACCAAUGCUCGAAUCAAGAGAGAUCCGACAUCGACGCCCCUGUUCAGCUGCAUGCCGCAAGUGGUGAUGGCAACGUCACGCCUUUCGCAAGAAGAGGUGACUAACUACAUGAAAUUGGUCAACGCCAAUACCGUCCAGAUAAUGGAACUGGCCACUACCUGUUACCCGCUCCUAAUGCCGAAACUAAAAUCUCAAGCGGAGCGGUUCGAGGCUUUGGAAAAACGCAUGGCGGACACGGUGGCUUCAGUCGCAGAAAUCGUGCAGAAGGGCAUGAACGACUUCCAAGACAUGGAGAACCUCAUGAUCCAGCAGACAUCCGAUGUAAAUCGAAAGCUGCCAUUGGAGAGCCUCCUGAUCGAAUUGAAAAAGAAGAUGCACAAGCAUGGACCAUACGGGAUGGAACGAACUUACAUUGCUGUAAGAGCAGACAAGCAAGACCUCUACACUUCUUGCCCACAAGCCACAUGUGGUUCCCACAUGCUUCAUAGCCAGAACAACACGUACACCACGCUAAUCAUGACAAUUCGCUACACCGACCGGUCGCCAAGCCUCGCCGAAAAUACCGACUUCCACAAAGCGGCCAUCUCCAUCACACGGAAAAUGCCGGUCUUGGAGCAAUUUGACGCAAUAUUCCGGUCGAAGCAGCCAAAAAAUUACCUGGAUGCCUACACGAGCCAGCGAGCUGGCUUUUCCCUCACCAACGAUUACGUCAAACACUGGAUCGCAGUGAAAGUAAACGGAACACUGCCGAACGAGUUCGAGGCAGUUGCUUUGGAACCGGGCACUGAAAAGCCGGUCAAACUUGGCGGUACCGAGGCGAUGACCGGUGGAAUUUUUUUCAACAAUGGCACUGGGGCCCGGUUUUUGCUCGCCCUCUUCCCA